CUGAAGCCCAUGCAGUGGAGCAGCGGCUUCGCGAGCGCCUGCAGUGCACGGGGCGCCCGCAGACAGAUGCUGAUCUUUUUCAAAAGAUUAACUUAGUUUAUUCUCCACAUGUUUUAUUUCUGUUUUUCGAAUAUAUCUAGACGGAAGGUCUGAUUUUUUUCUGAUAAAAUCUCCCAACUUUUCCUUCAGUUUGUUUCUGAAGGACAUUUGAGGAGAUUUUUUUUCCCACUUUAAAGUUUUCUUUGCGUUGAAAGUCCAGCAAGUCGCUAAAAUCCAGCCGUGUUUGGUAUCCCCCUCCCUGUCUCUCUCUCUCCCGUGGAGUACGGAGUGUCUGGUUGAGACGGGAGGGAGCCCAGCCCCGACUACAUUAUGUGGAUUCGGUGGCUGCUUAAGGUUUACGUGGGAUUUACAACGUUUUUAUCUAUUGCGGUGCAGACAAGUGUAGGUGCGGCAGAGCAAGAUCCCACUGCUGUGAGGUACAACAACCAGAAGAACACAAGCAGGUCAAGAAGACUAGGUGGAUCAAACCAGGAUGCACUGAAAGGGCCAAAUGUUUGUGGAUCACGUUUCCAUUCAUACUGCUGCCCAGGAUGGAAAACAUUGCCGGGAGGAAAUCAGUGUAUUGUCCCAAUUUGCAGGAACUCGUGUGGUGAUGGGUUUUGUUCACGACCAAACAUAUGCACAUGUCCGAAUGGUCAGAUAGCACCCACCUGUGGUUCAAAAUCAAUCCAGCAGUGCAACAUCAGAUGCAUGAAUGGUGGCUCUUGUGCUGAGGAUCAUUGUAUUUGUCAGAAGGGAUAUAUUGGGACUCACUGUGGGCAGCCUGUCUGUGAGAAUGGUUGCUUGAAUAACGGAAGAUGCGUUGCUCCUAAUCGUUGUGCUUGUACAUAUGGAUUUACAGGAGCACAGUGCGAAAGAGAUUACAGGACUGGACCAUGUUUCACAUCAGUAAACAACCAGAUGUGCCAAGGACAACUCACUGGCAUUGUCUGCACCAAAACCCUUUGCUGCGCAACAGUUGGACGAGCCUGGGGACAUCCCUGUGAGAUGUGCCCUGCCCAGCCGCAACCAUGUCGUCGUGGCUUUAUUCCUAAUAUCCGCACUGGAGCUUGUCAAGAUGUAGAUGAAUGCCAAGCUAUCCCAGGGAGCUGUCAAGGGGGAAAUUGCAUAAAUACUGUUGGAUCCUUUGAAUGCAAAUGCCCAGCUGGACAUAGAUUUAGUGAAGAAACUCAAAAAUGUGAAGAUGUUGAUGAAUGCACUACUAUUCCUGGUAUAUGUCGAGGAGGAGAAUGUUCCAAUACAGUUGGCAGUUACUUCUGCAAAUGCCAUCAUGGAUAUCUACCCACUACAGAUGGUUCAAGAUGCAUAGAUUCGCGUGCUGGAAUUUGCUACUCUUAUCUGGUUAAUGGGCGUUGUGCAAAUGAACUUCCAGGACCUUUUACCAAGAUGCAGUGUUGUUGUGAUAGUGGUCGCUGUUGGUCAUCUGGUAGGAUUCCAGAAAUGUGUCCAAUGCGUGGAACUGAUGAAUAUAUCAAAUUGUGCAUUGAGAUACCUUGGGAUGGUGGUAGACCUAGACCUGUGCCUAAUGGUGAGCCUGAACCUCAACCUAGACCUCGUCCUGAACCUUAUCCUGGACCUCAUCCUGGACCUCGUCCUGAACCUCCACCUGGACCUCCACCUGGACCUCUACCUAGACCUCAUUACGGACUACUGAAUAUUACUGAUUACUGCCAGUAUAUUGGAAAUCUCUGCUUCCAUGGACGCUGCAUUUCCCUCCCAGGGCCCAGUUAUCGUUGCGAAUGCUACAUGGGCUAUAAACUUGAUCCAAGAGGAGAAUGUAGUGAUGUGGAUGAGUGUAUUAGCAAUCCCUGUACGCACGGAGACUGCGUGAACACACAAGGCUCUUACUUUUGCCGCUGUCAUUCUGGCUUUCAGAGCACUGCAACUAAAAUUACUUGUGUGGAUAUUGAUGAAUGUGUUCAGAAUGGUCAGAUAUGUAAUAACGGUCGUUGUGUGAACACAGAAGGCAGUUUCCACUGUAUUUGUAAUGCUGGAUUUCAACUGACAGCAGAUGGGAAAAAUUGCAUGGACCUGGAUGAGUGUUCCCAGAGAAACAUGUGCAUGAAUGGAAUGUGUAUCAAUGAAGAUGGCAGCUUCAAGUGCAUAUGCAAACCUGGCUUUGAGUUAGUAUCAAAUGGACGGGUGUGCAUUGACAUUGAUGAGUGUGCACAGACACCAGGAAUUUGCAUGAAUGGACGGUGUGUUAACACAGAUGGUUCCUACAGAUGUGAAUGUCCUCCUGGCCUGGCUAUUGGACUUGAUGGGCGAGUCUGCGUUGAUACUCACAUGAGAAGCACCUGCUAUGGUGGUUACAAAAAAGGCCAAUGUGAUCGACCAUUACCAGGAGCCUUCACCAAAUCUCAGUGCUGCUGUGCUAAUACUGAUCAUGCCUUUGGAGAGCCUUGCCAACCUUGUCCAGCUAUAAAUUCUGCUGAAUAUCAUGCACUUUGCCCCAGUGGACCUGGUAUAACGAGUGAUGGUAGAGACAUCAAUGAAUGUGCAUUGGAUCCUGAUAUUUGUCAAAAUGGAGUCUGCGAGAACACUCGUGGCAGUUACCGAUGUGUUUGCAAUUCUGGUUAUGAAGUUGAUAUAUCUGGGAAAAAAUGUGUUGAUAUUGAUGAGUGUUUCGUUAACAGAUUAUUAUGUGACAAUGGUCUCUGCAGAAACACACCUGGAAGUUAUACUUGUUCCUGUCCAAAAGGAUAUGUGUUUAAACCUGAAUCUGAAACAUGUGAAGAUGUUAAUGAAUGUGAGACCAAUCCCUGCAUCAAUGGAGAUUGUAAGAAUGUGCCUGGCAGUUAUUCAUGUCAGUGUUUCCAAGGAAGUACUCUUGAUGCAUCUAAAACUCGGUGUAUUGAGACGGUUAAGGGGACCUGUUGGUUGCAACACAUUGGAGGAAAAUGCGAAAUAAACAUUAAUGGUGCCACACUAAAGUCACAGUGCUGCUCAACAUUGGGUGCUGCUUGGGGAAGUCCUUGUGAACCCUGCAAAAUAGACAGUAUCUGCCCUAAAGGAUAUACAAGAGUUAAUGGAACAAUCUGUGAAGAUGUUAAUGAAUGUGUCGUAUUCCCUGGGGUUUGCACCAAUGCUGAUUGUGUGAAUACACCUGGAUCAUUUCAGUGCGUCUGUUCUAAUGGUAUGUCCCUGGACAGCAGUGGAAGAACAUGUAUUGACAUUCGUUUGGAGCACUGCUAUUUGAAAUACGAUGAGGAUGAAUGCACGGUGCAUAUACCUGGACGAUUACGCAUGGACGCUUGCUGCUGUUCUGUUGGUGCUGCUUGGGGACCGGAUUGUGAAAAAUGUCCUGAAAAAGGAACAAGUCUCUACAAAAAACUUUGUCCUCGAGGACCUGGAUUUUUCAGCAGAGGAGGACCUGAUGGGAAACCUUUUUUUAAAGAUAUUAAUGAAUGUAGGACAAUCCCAGGUAUCUGUACCAAUGGGAAGUGCAGAAACACCAUUGGGAGCUUUAGAUGCAAAUGUAAUAAUGGCUUUGCUCUUGAUUCGGAAGAAAGAAACUGCACAGAUAUCAAUGAAUGCCGCAUCUCUCCUGAUCUAUGUGGUCCUGGAACUUGUGUUAACACUCCUGGAAGUUUUGAUUGUGAAUGCUACGAAGGAUAUGAAAGUGGUUUUAUGAUGAUGAAGAACUGCAUGGAUAUUAAUGAAUGUGAACGAAAUCCUCUCCUGUGUCGCGGUGGCACCUGUGAAAAUACAGAUGGAAGCUUCCGUUGUUCCUGUCCGCGUGGCCAUGAAGUAUCUUUGGAUGGAAUGUCAUGCAUAGAUAUAAAUGAAUGUGAGUUGAGUGACAACCUUUGUAAAAAUGGUCGCUGUGUCAACAUGAUUGGAAAGUAUCAAUGUGCUUGUAACACUGGCUACCAAGCAACGCCUGACAGACAAGGAUGUGUUGAUAUUGAUGAAUGCACAAUAGCGAAUGGAGGAUGUGAGACUUACUGCACAAAUUCUGAAGGCAGUUAUGAAUGCAGCUGUAGGAGUGGCUAUGCCUUGCUGCCAGACCAACGAUCUUGCACAGAUAUUGACGAGUGUGAGGACAAUCCUGACAUUUGUGAUGGAGGGCAAUGUGUCAAUGUACCUGGAGAAUAUCAGUGUCUAUGCUAUGAUGGAUUUAUGGCAUCUGAGGAUAUGAAGACCUGUCUAGAUGUUAAUGAAUGUGAACUUAAUCCGAACAUAUGUCUUAGUGGCACCUGUGAGAACACUAGAGGCUCAUUCAUUUGUCACUGUGAACUGGGGUACUCUGUGAAGAAAGGGACAACUGGUUGCACAGAUAUCAAUGAAUGUGAGAUUAGUGCACAUAAUUGCCACAGGUAUGCUAUAUGCACAAAUACACCAGGAAGCUUCAGAUGUGCAUGUGCAGAAGGCUGGUCUGGAAAUGGAAUCAAAUGUUCUGAUGUGGAUGAGUGUUCAAAUGGAACACACAGGUGCAGCCCAACUGCUGAAUGCACGAACACAGAGGGGUCCUAUAGAUGUACAUGUAAAGAGGGUUACAGCGGCGAUGGUGUGUUUUGCACCGACAUUGACGAAUGUGCUGAAAAUGUAAACUUUUGUGAGAAUGGCCAUUGCUUAAAUACACCUGGAGGUUACCGUUGUGAAUGUGACAUGGGCUUCACACCAUCUCUGGAUGGCAGAGCAUGUCAAGAUAUUGAUGAAUGCUCAUUCUCUGACAUUUGUGUGUUUGGAAGAUGUCAGAAUCUUCCAGGACUCUUCAGAUGCGAAUGUGAUGCAGGUUAUGAGCUAGACAGGAGUGGAGGCAACUGCACAGAUGUAAAUGAAUGUGCAGAUCCAGUUAACUGCAUUAAUGGAAUUUGUGUUAACACCCCUGGAAGCUACGUCUGCAACUGUCCAUCUGAAUUUGAACUGAACCCAACUGGUGUCGGAUGUGUUGAUCCUCGUUUGGGCAAGUGCUUCUUGGAAUAUUUACUGCGUGGAGAUAACACCCUUUCUUGCAGUAAUGAGAUUGGAGUAGGAGUUUCAAGAGCGUCUUGUUGCUGUUCUUUGGGCAGAGCAUGGGGUUUUCCAUGCGAACUCUGUCCCUCCAUCAAUUCAUCUGAAUACAAAACUCUUUGUCCUGGAGGAGAAGGUUUUAGACCCAACCCCAUCACAGUUAUAUUGGAGGAUAUUGAUGAAUGUAAAGAACUACCUGGACUCUGUCAAGAAGGGACAUGUGUCAACACAUUUGGUAGUUUCCAGUGUGAAUGUCCACGUGGUUUCUAUUUGAACGAAGAAACCAGAGUAUGUGAAGACCUUGAUGAAUGCGUUAGUUCACCUGGUAUUUGUGGUCCUGGUACUUGUUUUAACACAAUUGGAAAUUAUACCUGCAUCUGUCCACCAGAUUACAUGCAGGUUAAUGGUGGAAACAACUGUAUGGACAUGAGAAAAAGCUUCUGCUUCAAAAAUUUCUACAGUGAAAAUGGCACUUGUGAUGGUGAACUGCCCUUCAACAUGUCAAAGAAGCUGUGCUGUUGUUCAUACAACAUCGGGAAAGCCUGGAACAGACCGUGUGAACAGUGUCCUCUUCCUGUCACAAAUGAAUAUGUAAAUCUUUGUGGGAGUCAGAGGCCUGGCUAUAUUAUUGACAUUACAACAGGACAGCCAGUUGACAUUGAUGAAUGUCGAAUGAUUCCUGGUGUUUGUGCUAAUGGUGUCUGCAUAAACCAACUUGGAAGCUUCCGUUGUGAAUGUCCCAUGGGAUUUCAAUAUAAUGAUCAACUGAUCAGCUGUGAAGAUAUGGAUGAAUGUCAGAAUGGGCCACUGUGUCAACAGAAUGCUGACUGCAUUAACACACCAGGCAGCUAUCGCUGUGAAUGUUCGCCAGGUUACCGGCUCACUCCAACAGGACAUUGUAUGGAUCGUAAUGAAUGUCAUGAUAUCCCUAAUGUUUGUAGUCACGGUCAGUGCAUUGACACAGUAGGAAGCUACCACUGCAUCUGCCGGAACGGCUUCAAAGCAACUCCAGAUAAGACGAUGUGCAUGGAUAUUGAUGAAUGUGAGCGGGAGCCAUGUGGCAAUGGGACCUGCAAGAACACAGUUGGCUCAUAUAACUGCUUGUGCUUCCCGGGAUUCAUGAUUUCACAUAAUAAUGACUGCAUUGAUGUUGAUGAAUGCAGUACCUUAAAUGGUGCUCUCUGUAGAAAUGGACAGUGCAUUAAUACUAUUGGAACAUUCCAAUGCCUGUGUCGUGAUGGCUAUGAACUUACACCUGAUAGAAGAAGUUGUGUUGAUGUCAAUGAAUGCUUGACUGUACCUCGUCCCUGUGCACCAGGCACCUGUCAAAACUUGGAUGGCUCCUACAGAUGUAUCUGCCCUCCUGGAUACUCACUGAUAGAUGAUAAGUGUAUUGAUAUCGAUGAAUGUGCAACAGACCCCGGAUUAUGUGAAUCUGGCACAUGUAGUAACACUGAAGGAAGCUACAUAUGCCUCUGUGCACCAGGAUCUAUCCUCUCGCAAAAUGGAAGAAAGUGCAUCGAUGUGAGAGAGAGCUUUUGCUUCUCUAAGUUCGAGAACGGCGUUUGCACUGCGCCCAAAUUAAAAAACAUCACCAAAUACACGUGUUGUUGCAGUUUCAUGCCAGGUGAAGGAUGGGGUAUCCCAUGUGAGAUCUGUCCCAAAGAACCAGAAGAAGCAUUUGGAAAACUGUGCCCCAGUGGUUUAGUGGGAAUUACAAUUAACAAGGAAGGUUCACAAGUAGACACGGAUGAAUGUUCUAUAGACCCAGGAAUAUGUAAAAAUGGACAGUGCAUCAACACUGAUGGUUCCUUCCGCUGUGAAUGCCCAUUUGGUUUCAAUAUUGACUAUAGUGGAAUCAAGUGUGUAGAUACCGAUGAAUGCUCUGUUGGUAAUCCUUGCGGCAAUGGAACAUGUACUAACGUUAUUGGAGGGUUUGAGUGUGCCUGUGAAGAAGGAUUUGAACCAGGACCUAUGAUGACUUGUGAAGACAUAAAUGAAUGUGCACAAAAUCCUCUGCUUUGUGCAUUCCGCUGUGUUAAUACCAUAGGAGGAUAUGAAUGUAAAUGUCCUGCUGGUUAUGUUCUCAGACAAGAUGGGAAGAUGUGCCGAGAUCAGGAUGAAUGUGAGGAGCAACUGGAUGAUUGUGCAUCAAGAGGAAUGAUGUGCAAGAACUUGAUUGGAACUUUCAUGUGUAUCUGCCCACCUGGAUUAGUGCGCCAGUUGGAUGGUGAAGGGUGCAUUGAUGAAAAUGAAUGUCGCACAAAACCUGGCAUUUGUGAAAAUGGUCGGUGUAUUAAUACUGCAGGAACUUAUAGGUGUGAUUGCAAUGAAGGAUUCACUGUCAGUUCCACACAGACAGAAUGUGUUGACAACCGCAAAGGUUUAUGUUUCGCGGAAGUGCUACAGACCAUGUGUCAGAUGGCCUCCAGCAGCCGAAAUCUUGUUACAAAAUCAGAGUGCUGCUGUGAUGGUGGACGUGGCUGGGGGUCACAAUGUGAAAUCUGCCCACUUCCAGGAACAGGCCCUUUUAAGAAGCUCUGUCCACUUGGACCCGGUUACACCACAGAUGGAAGAGAUAUUGAUGAAUGUCAAGUCCUUGCAAACUUGUGUCAGAAUGGACAGUGUAUUAAUACUGUUGGAUCAUAUCGAUGUCUCUGCAAGACUGGCUACACCACAGACCUCACUGGCAUAGCCUGUGUGGAUCUUGAUGAAUGUGUUCAAGCACCAAAACCGUGUAAUUUCAUCUGCAAGAACACGGAAGGAAGCUACCAGUGUGCAUGUCCUAGAGGAUACUUGCUGCAGGAAAAUGGGAAAAGUUGCAAAGAUCUGGAUGAAUGUGCUACAAAGCAGCACAACUGUCAGUUUCUUUGUGUCAAUACAAUUGGUGGAUUUACUUGUAAGUGCCCUCCUGGAUUCACACAGCAUCAUACAGCAUGUAUUGAUAACAAUGAAUGUAUUGCUGAAACAAAUGUGUGUGGAUCUAAAGGAGUGUGCCAGAAUACUCCAGGCAGCUUUCUCUGUGAAUGCCAACGUGGAUUCUUACUGGAUCAAACUGGUCACGGCUGUGAAGAUAUUGAUGAAUGUGAGGGAAGCCAUCGCUGCCAACAUGGCUGCCAGAAUUUGGUCGGUGGAUAUCGAUGCAGUUGUCCACAUGGUUACCUACAGCACUAUCAAUGGAAUCAGUGUGUUGAUGAAAAUGAAUGCAUGAAUUCUCAGGUUUGCGGAGGAGCUUCAUGCCACAAUACAUUGGGAAGCUACAAGUGCCUAUGUCCAACAGGAUUCUCCUUUGAACAAAUUUCUGGGUCUUGUCAUGACGUAAACGAAUGUUCUUCCUCCAAAAAUCCAUGCAACUACGGCUGUUCAAACACUGAUGGAGGUUACUUAUGUGGCUGCCCACCUGGAUAUUAUAGAGUUGGCCAAGGGCACUGUGUCUCUGGAGUAGGAUUCAGCAAGGGUCAGAUGCUUCCAAUAGGUGGUGACACAGAGGACAAUAGUCUAUCACCCGAGGUGUGUUAUGAAUGCAAAAUUAAUGGCUACCCCAAAGGAAGACGUCGAAGAGCAACAAAUGAAAAAGAAGCUAUGACUUCAAAUGAUGCAGAGGGGGAAAAUGCUGCCGAUUUGCCAAUGAGCCUUGCGAGUUUGGGAACAGAAAAUCAGUUUGUCUUCAAUUUCAAUAUUUCUGAUCUCAGCAGUAAAGACCACAUCCUACAGUUUAUCCCAGCAAUUUCUACGUUGACAAAUCAUGUACGUUACUUGAUUGACGUUGGUAAUGAAAAAGGCUUCUUCAAAAUUAAUCAAAAGGAUGGUAUAAGCUAUCUGCAUUUGACCAAGAAAAAGCCACAAUCAGGAGUAUACUCAUUAGAUAUAAGCAGUAUUCCCCUUUUUAAAAAGAAGGAACUUGAUCGUCUUGAAGACAAGCAUGAUAAAGACUACCUCACUGGUGAGCUUGGUGAAACCCUCCAAAUGAAAAUUCAGAUUGUGCUUCAUUAAUACACAAACAGAAGGUCAAACUGCUUCAGCCAAAAGAUGGAUCCUUUCAUUGCCAAACAGAUUCGACAUAUCAUGGAUACAAUCUCUUAUUAACUGUAAUAUGUCUGAGCACUGCUUACUUCUAAUGUUAGAAAAGUAAAGUCGUGGAUACAUACCAUAGCUCUAAACCACUUACUCGGGCUUUGUAUAAAUGCAGCACUGCUAUUUCAGUAUGACUAGCUUCAGAUGUUGUAUAAUGAUAUGUUGAAUCUUAAAAACACCCACACUUGGACCAUUCAACCCACUUGUUGGACCACUGAUGCUGAGAAUUUACAAUUUCUUUUAAGCAGAGCCAUAACAUUACUCUGCAGUAAAGGACAUGUCAUAUUUUUGAUCUUUUAAAUUUUACUUUUCAAGUUACAUUUCACUAGAUCAAACAUUUAUAUAUGUACCUGGUGCUAGUAACAUGUCAACCUAGAUUGUGACUGCACUGUAAUAUUUUACAAACUUGGUAGCCAAAAAUGCAAUUAUUCAGUCUAAGUAUUACCAGAUUUUUUUCCAUUACUUUACAAAGAACCAAAGUUAGUUCAGUAGCUUAUCUCAGUUAUGCAUUUUUCACUCAUGUAAAUUAAGUGUGUGUAUACUGCAGCCAUGCUACUUUUUUAUCAUGGAAACUUUUGUAUACCAGAAUUCUCAUUUUGUGUGUGUCUGUGUAUGUGUGUCUGUUUGUGUGUGUGUGUCCAUGUGUGUUUUCAUUCCAACCCUGAGUUGAGGGUGUUGUAAUGGUGCUUUAAGAACAACUACUUUUGAAAAUUAGAUGCAAUAUCCCUCUGUGAGUAAUAAAAUGCACAUUGAGGACUUAAUGAACAAGAACUAAUCAGGUCAUAGGAUUAAUAGCACUCAAAAGUGAGACAAUCAAGCUGUCAAACACAGUCUCCUGUAAAAUGACACAUAACAGUAUCAGUAUUUUUAUGCAGUUCACCAUCAGCAAGUGUUUAGAUCUUCAAUGUCAGUAAUUCCACAAUAAAA